UUAGAAUAGCUUACAAAUAUUUUUCUAAAAAGCAAAAAGCUCCAGUAAAUGGAUUCAACUCUGACCCGAAUAUCUGCUCCAUUUUCGCUUAGUCACGCUCUCCUUUUGAUCAAUUCUCAAAGCCUAAAUUCUCUAUCACAUUCUCUAUCAUCGAGAAGAAUUUCUGUUGGGACAAUAUUAUGUUCCAAUUCGAAGCUGGAAAUAAGCACUCUCAAAAGCGAUGUCGUUUUUAAUGAGUCCGCUUUCGAGGCUGACAGGUUAAGACUCGACUCUAAGGCUCGAGAAUCUAUGGCCGAGACUUCUAAGAGGGAAAUGGACGCGGGUAUAGAAGAUGACCCGAAAGCUUGGAAAUGGGUCAUCAGGAAGAGAAUAUGGGAUUUGAUGGAGGCCCGUAACUUUGCUCAGAACCCACGUCCCGUUCACCAUCGAAUCCCAAAUUUUGUAGGAGCCUCAGCCGCUGCUAGGCAGUUGGCCGGGUUGGAGGUGUUUCAGAAUGCGGGUUGCGUGAAGGUUAAUCCGGAUUCUCCCCAGAAGCAAGUCAGGUUUCUCACGCUCUCUGGUGAAAAGAAGCUGUUGACUCCUCAACCCCGUUUAAGGACAGGGUUUUUCUCUGUUCUUGAAUCAAAUAUGUUGUCUCCUAACACCAUUAAUGAAGCAUGCACCUCUGUUGGGGUUGCCAAGUAUGGAAGGCCAAUUGGAUUGGAUGAAAAGAUCAAGGUUGAUCUAAUUGUCAUUGGAUCGGUUGCUGUCGACCCAAAAACAGGUGCUAGACUUGGCAAGGGAGAGGGAUUUGCAGAACUUGAAUAUGGAAUGUUGCGGUAUAUGGGAGCCAUUGAUGACUCGACUCCAGUUGUCACCUCUGUGCAUGAUUGCCAAAUUGUAGAUGAUAUUCCAGUUGAGAAAAUGCUUAUCCAUGAUGUUCCCGUCGACAUCAUAUGUACUCCCACCCAAGUCAUAUUUACAAACACAACCAUCUCCAAGCCUCAAGGUAUAUACUGGGAAAAAUUGUCUCCUGAGAAGCUUGGCCAAAUAAGGAUACUAAGAGAGCUCAAGAGGAGAAUUGAGAGGGAGAUUGUGCAGAAACUUCCCUCUGGACCGUCUGAAAAACUACCCCCUACAGCUCGGAGAAAGAAAUGAAAUGACUCCGGACGACUUCAGACGAGAUUCUGGAAAGGAUGAAAAAUUAGAUAAUAUGUUCAUUUGUGUUAUCUAGUUUCUGGCUUAAAGCGAUAAUUGCAAUAUACAAUGUUGUGUUUCAUGAAUUCGUGAUUGUAGAUCCUUAUGCAUAUUGUAUAUACAGUAUAAUCUCUGUAAAUUAAUACUUUUGAAAUCAUAUAAAUCUCUGUAAAACUCAAAAGGGUUUGAGAAGUUGAAGUUAUGAUAUUGAUUUAUUUUGUC